AUGUCGUCCACCGCGAUCCCCAAGCGCAUUGCGCUCCAGAGGAAUCUGACCGCCGACUCCUCGGUGGCUAGCUCUAGCUCCGUCUCGCCCGUCGACAGCCCUCGUCAAUCGCCCUCGAGCACCUCGCUGUCUUCGCUGGCCUCCGAGGUACAGGAGUUGAAGGACACAAAGAUGGUAGAUACUUAUGGCAACGAAUUCGAGCUUCCCGAUUAUACGAUCAAGCAGAUUCGUGACGCUAUCCCCGCUCACUGCUAUGAACGCUCCGCAAUCAGGAGUCUGUCAUAUGUCUUUAGGGAUUUGUUCUGCCUCGGUGCCACCUUCUACCUCUUCCACAACUAUGUGACCCCGGAAACUGUGCCCAACGUUUAUGUUCGCUCCGCUGCAUGGGCUUUCUACACCUUUGUGCAGGGUCUUUUUGGUACCGGACUGUGGGUCAUGGCUCACGAGUGCGGUCACCAGGCUUUCUCUCCUUCCAAGGUUCUCAAUGAUACCGUUGGCUGGAUCUGCCACUCUCUUCUUUUGGUGCCAUACUUUUCCUGGAAGAUCUCCCACGGCAAGCACCACAAGGCCACCGGAAACUUGAGUCGUGAUAUGGUCUUUGUGCCCAAGACCCGUGCACAAUUCGCCUCUCAUAUCGGCAAAGCCAUUCACGAAAUCUCGGAGCUUAUGGAGGAGACUCCUAUUCUCACUGCCACCAACAUGAUCUUGCAACAACUUUUCGGUUGGCCCAUGUAUUUGCUCACCAACGUGACCGGCCAUAACAACCACGAGCGCCAGAGCGAAGGUCGUGGCAAGGGCAAGCGCAACGGAUAUUUCGGCGGUGUCAACCACUUUGACCCUCGCAGCCCAUUGUAUGAAGCCAAGGAUGCCAAGCUCAUUGUCUUGAGUGAUUUGGGACUGGGUCUUGUUGGUGCUGCUCUGUAUUACAUUGGAUCGACUUUUGGCUGGCUCAACCUGCUUGUUUGGUAUGGUGUGCCUUAUCUCUGGGUCAACCACUGGCUUGUGGCUAUUACUUACUUGCAACACACCGAUCCUACUCUUCCUCAUUACGACAACGAGUCCUGGAACUACGUCCGUGGUGCCGCUGCUACCAUUGAUCGCGAGUUCGGAUUCAUUGGCCGUGAACUGCUCCACGGAAUCAUCGAGACUCACGUCGCCCACCACUACAUCAGCACCAUCCCGUUCUACCAUGCCGACGAAGCCACUGAGGCCGUCAAGAAGGUCAUGGGCAAGCACUAUCGCAGCGAGGCUCACACUGGACCUCUUGGUUUCCUCAAGGCCCUGUGGACCAGCGCACGUACCUGCCAAUGGGUUGAGCCCAACGAGGGAGCUCAGGGUGUAAGCAAGGGUGUCAUGUUCUUCCGCAACAGGAACGGCCGCGGUUUGCCACCAGCAAAGAUUGCUAAAGCUUCAUCAUAA